AUGCUGCUGCCCGGCCACGGGCGCCCACCCUCCGCCGCGCAACCCGCGCAGCAUCCCGGCCUCCGCAGGCAGGUGGAGCCUCCCGGGCAGCUCCUGCGUCUCUUCUGCUGCACCGUCCUGGUCUGCUCCAGAGAGAUCUCGGCGCUCACCGACUUCUCCGGUUACCUAACCAAACUCCUGCAAAACCACACCGCCUAUGCCUGUGACGGGGACCAUUUGAAUCUGCAGUGUCCUCGGCAUUCCACGAUAAGUGUCCAGUCGGCAUUUUAUGGGCAAGAUUACCAAAAGUGUAGUCCGCAGCAGCCUGCCUCCCAGAGGGAAGACAGCCUAACCUGUGUGGUGCCCACCACACUGCAGAAGGUGCUGGACGAGUGUCAGAACCAGCGGGCCUGCCACCUCCUGGUCAAUAGCCGUGUUUUUGGACCUGACCUUUGUCCAGGAAGCAGUAAAUACCUCCUGGUCUCCUUUAAAUGCCAACCUAAUGAAUUAAAGAACAAAACCGUGUGUGAAGACCACGAGCUGAAACUGCACUGCCAUGAGUCCAAGUUCCUCAACAUCUAUUCUGCGACCUACGGCAGGAGGACCCAGGAGAGGAACGUCUGCUCCUCGGGAGCUGGGUGGCUCCCCCCCUUUGACUGUCUGUCUUACUCGGCUCUGCACGUGUUAUCCAGGAGAUGUUAUGGGAAGCAGAGAUGCAAAAUCCUCGUCAACAACCACCACUUCGGAAGCCCCUGUCUGCCAGGAGUGAAAAAAUACCUCUCGGUCUUCUACGCGUGUGUUCCCAAGAAUAUACUCACAGCAAUUGAUCCAUCAGUUGCUAAUCUAAAACCUUCUGUGAAGCAGAAAGAUGGCGACUAUGGUGUAGGCCUUGACCCAAGGGAACCGAGGAUUCUGAGGAAAGAUGGCGUGAUUGUCAGCCACUCCUUGGCAGCAUUUGCUUACAUUAGAGCCCAUCCCGAGAGAGCCGCCCUGCUGUUCGUGUCCAGCGUCUGCAUCGGUCUGGCACUCACGCUGUGUGCUUUGGUCAUCAGAGUGUCCUGCACCAAGGACCUCCGGGAGCUGCAGCUGGCCAGGGAGCACCUGGUGCCAGGAAGCGACAAAGCCGAGGAGGACAGCCAGGAGGAGGGGGGCGAGGAGGACUCCUCUGACUCCGACUUUCCGGGGGAACUGUCGGGGUUCUGUAGGACUACAUAUCCUGUCUACAGCUCCAUAGAAGCUGCAGAGCUGGCAGAAAGGAUUGAGCGCAGGGAACAGAUCAUCCAGGAAAUAUGGAUGAACAGUGGCUUGGACACUUCACUCCCAAGAAACAUGGGCCAGUUCUACUGA